ACAUCUAUUUUUUAAAAAUUAAAACGGAAAUCCACCCUCUCCCUAUAUAUUAUCAUCAUCCUUGCUCAUUCUAACACACCAUUUUCAUCCAAUUUUCAAUCUCCUAAGCCUAAUUCAUUCUCUUUCUUCAUUUGUUUCCUCAACAAUGGCCGGUGGAAAAUCCAAGUCGAAGGCCUCCAAGAAGAAGGGCAACGCUGAAGCUACGACCUCUGCACCCCAGCCGUUUCCCUAUCUAGAUGGCUCAUUUCUUGAGUUCGGGUCGAAGAAAGAACUCACGCGCUUCCUCAAUCACUUUGCCAAACGGCCGAUUUCUCCACCCAGGGUGCUGCCCGAGCUAUACCCUCAACAAAAGGGGUACCACGACCUCGACAAUCAACUUCAAGCAUCGGGUCUGUGGUCAUUCGUCUCCAGGAGCUGUCAGUCCUACAAUCCCGCCUUUGUCCGGGCCUUCUACUCCAAUCUCCGUCGUGACGGGGACACCAUCCGCAGCAGCAUAAAUCUCUAUGACAUAGAGAUUGAUUUGCCUACCUUUGCUCGGGUCGCAGGGCUGCCCAUCCACGGUGACGACAUCACGACAUAUGGUGGCGACGAUUGGAUCAUCAACUUGAUCCGCCACAGCAGCGCACCGACGAUUCACUCAGCCCCACCGGACAAGCACCUCCUCCUCUACAUCAUCACCCGGAUUCUUCGCCCCCGGGACAGCAGCCAUACCUCGCUCUUCAACGAGGAUUUGAAGGCGAUUCAUGCAAUCAUCCACGGCGCCUCCAUCAAUUGGGCAAAAUUUGUCAUGAUACACAUGGCAGAUUGCGCCUCACUCGCCACCGAGCGGAGCUUGCCGUACGCCUUCCUCAUCAUGGACAUCAUCGUCUUCGCCGAUAUCCACAUCGCCGGGCCAGACACGAAGAUGACGAAGCUUUGGAUGAUCGCCGACAGCACCUUCCGGAAGAAGUCCAGAAACAGAGACGGUGCAGGCCCAAGUCGUGCACCAGCCCCCGCUCCUGCCAAAGCGUCUUUGCAAUCCAUAGCCGAUACUCUGAAUCGGCUAACCCUCACAGUGGAUGGCAUGGGCACCAUUCUCGGCCAAAACUUUGAAGGCGAGGAUGAGGAGGAUGACUCCUACUCUCCGUCCUCCUCCCCCGACGAGGCCGACUUUGAAGAUGCGGUCGACGGCGAUCCCUUGGACGUCGAGGACGACGAGGAUGACGACGAGGACGCCGACUCCUAGAAUCUUCUUUCUUUUAAUAUGAUUGUAUUUUUUUUAAUUAUUUCCAUUCCGUUGUAUUCCGCAUUUCCCUUUUAAUGAAUAAAAAUUACUUUUAAAUCUUUUUGUUAAUGACAAAAGGGAGAAGAUAUAAAGGUAAUGCAUUAAU